GCCGCUGUGUCUGUGGUAACUGCCCGGCGUUGGUCCUUGGAUCGCCCGUGAGGCGUGGCUCAUGGCCCCGGUGUCCCGGUCCCGUUACGUCGAGGACACCGCGGGCUCUCGGAGGUGGCGGCGCAGCUCGUCGGGGAGCCCGCCGUCUGUGCAGGCCAGACGCUCCCCGUUGGGAGGCCGCGGCCGCUCUCACUCCCGCGGCCUCGAGGGCCUCAGGCCUCCGUGGGGAGGGGCGGGCGUCGGCGCCCCUUGCCCGCUUGGCCGCCGUCGAGAGGCGGCCCCGGCGUCGCGCAACUACGCCUUCUCAGCCUCUUCUGUCUACUGUGGCGGGUACCGCUACCAUCACCACGACUGUGCGGGCCACCGGCAGUGGGCGGAGGAGCACGAGGAGGAGGAGGAGGAGAGCUACCGGCAGAGGAGGCUGAAAGAGAGAGAGAGGAUUGGGGAGUUGGGAGCUCCUGAGGUGUGGGGGCUGUCGCCAAAGUUUCCGGAGCCGGAUUCUGAUGAGCACACGCCCGUGGAGGAUGACGAGGUGAAGACUCAGAAGCCCAGCAGUUCAGACUCCAGCUCUGAAGAAAAAAGGAAGAAGACCGGUCGUUCAAAGAGCAAGAAAAAAAGAAAGAAAAAGUCCAAAAGGAAGCAUAGGAAAUACUCUGAUAAUAGUGAUGCGAAUUCAGACUCCGACACUGAUUCUAGCUCUGAUGAUGAUAAAAAGAGAGCCAAAAAAGCCAAGAAGAAGGAGAAGAAGAAGAAACACAGGGGUAAAAAAACCAAGAAGAGUAAGAAUAAGAAGACUAAGAAAGAAUCCGGUGACUCAAGCUUUAAAGAUUCAGAAGGGGAGUUGCCGGAAGAUACCUGGAUUGGGCAGUCAAAGACUGCAGAUACCAUGGAUCUGAUAGGUCCAGAAGCACCUAUAAUACACACCUCCCAAGAUGACAAACCUUUGAACUAUGGCCAUGCUCUGCUCCCAGGUGAAGGUGCAGCAAUGGCGGAGUAUGUAAAAGCUGGAAAGCGAAUCCCACGAAGAGGUGAAAUUGGGCUGACAAGUGAAGAGAUUGCUUCAUUUGAAUGCUCAGGUUAUGUUAUGAGUGGUAGCAGGCAUCGUAGAAUGGAGGCUGUACGACUGCGUAAAGAGAACCAGAUCUACAGUGCUGAUGAGAAGAGAGCCCUUGCAUCCUUUAACCAGGAAGAGAGACGGAAGAGAGAGAAUAAGAUUCUAGCCAGUUUCCGAGAGAUGGUGUACAGAAAGACAAAAGGGAAAGAUGACAAGUAAGGACUUUUGUUGUUCAGCAGGACUUUUAACAACCAUUUUAUAUGACCAAAAUAGUGUGAAAAGACUUCAUGGUGCUACUGUAUCUACUAUGUUAGAAAGUCCUUCAAGAAAAAGCUGCUGUUUGAGAUCUCUUUAACAAUUUAUUUUGUUAUUUUUAAUUUAAUAUGUGCACAUGGCUUAACAAAUAUUCAAGUACUACAGUUGGAGAGUUAAU